CUCUCUCCCCGUUCCGGCCCCGCUCCGGUGCCGCUGGCCAUGGGGGCCGGGUUCGGCGCGGGGCUGGGGCUGGCCCUGGCCUCCAGCGCUUUCAUCGGUGGCAGCUUCGUCCUGAAGAAGAAGGGGCUGCUCCGGCUGUGCGGCCGCGGCCGGGCAGGGCAAGGAGGGCACGCGUACCUGCGAGAGUGGCUUUGGUGGGCAGGGCUGCUGUGCAUGGGAGUUGGAGAAGCUGCAAAUUUUGCCGCUUAUGCCUUUGCCCCUGCAACACUGGUAACUCCACUGGGUGCUCUGAGUGUCCUUGUUAGUGCAGUUCUAUCUUCCAUCUUCCUGAAUGAGCAGCUGAAUGUUCAUGGGAAGAUUGGCUGCAUCCUGAGUAUCCUGGGCUCCACUGUGAUGGUGAUCCAUGCUCCACAGGAAGAAGAGGUUUCCAGCCUGGAGUCAAUGGCAGAGAAGCUGAAAGAUCCAGGAUUCCUUGUAUUUGCUGCGUGUGUCCUGGUGAGCUCCCUUCUGCUCAUCUUUGUGGCUGGACCCCGUUAUGGACAGAGCAACGUCCUGGUUUAUGUUUUGGUCUGCUCUGCCAUCGGCUCACUGUCCGUAUCCUGCGUCAAAGGCCUGGGGAUUGCCCUGAAAGAAUUGUUCUCUGGGAAGCCAGUCCUGAAGGAACCCCUGGGCUGGGUGCUCCUGGUGUGCCUGGUGAUCUGCAUCAGCAUCCAGAUCAACUAUCUGAACAAAGCCCUGGACAUUUUCAACACCUCUGUGGUCACACCCAUUUACUACGUGCUGUUCACCACAGCAGUCAUGACGUGCUCAGCCAUCCUCUUCAAGGAGUGGCAGCACCUGGUGCUGGAAAAAAUCAUCGGCUCCAUCAGCGGCUUCCUCACCAUCGUGUCUGGCAUCUUCCUCCUGCACGCCUUCAGGGACAUGCCCUUCACCCCCAGCCUCCUGCCCCUCUUCCUGCAGCCAGCCAGGGCAGACCCUCACCCGCCCUGGAGCAGUGCAGACAGACAUCAGUCCUGUCAGCACCAGCCUCUGCUGCCCUUGGAGGACAAGGGCUCUCAGAGUGCAGAGGAGGAGGAAGAGAAGUGAAAGCAGGUGAGGAAGCAUCUGAACUGCUGGCUUCCUGCUCCCACUGCCAAGGCUGAAGGUGCUGCUGCAGGAGCAGGCGCUGUGAGUUACCCUCUGCCUGCCCCAGGCACCACCACACUGACAGAAGGCUGACAGGGCCAGCAGCCUCCUGUGGUACAGACAGGAGCCCUGAGAACUGCCCCAUUCCUGGCAUCCUGUGCUUCUUCACUCUUCUUUUGUGAAGAAUUAAUUUGCCCUCAUCAGGACUCAGAGCUCAGCUGUGCAGAGAGAAGCCUGCAGCACUAACACAGUGCUAACCCUGACUCCGUGGCAGAUCACACAUCUGGGGAGGCUCACACUGUUUUUUAAACCCAGAAUUAACAGUUACAGAAUGAUCUAACAUGGUGCUAAGGUGGCACAGAGAGAAGAUGGAUGUCUGGCUUUGAAGGUGACAUUCAGAGAGUAUUAAUGCAAAAAUUCCUCUGUCAAGUACUUGGUUUUGCUCACUCUGCUAGAAUUUAUUUACAGAUUCACAUCCAAAAACAGAAUACAGCCCAAACUGGGAAACUUCAGCGGUGCUGCCACAAGCUGCUGUGGCUCUUACAGAGGGACCAACCUCUUUGUGCAAUGUCUGCUGUGCAGGUUGAUGAAGCUUCCUGUGUUCUCUUAAAAACUGAUCUGUUCAGUUACCAA